GACAAUUGUACUCCACCUCGUAUACAAUCUUAUACGGCCACUUUUACUUACUGCAGGCUCCACCGGCUUUAUCCAUUCAGUCGGCUACAGGCUGUACGCGCGCAAGUUUGUUUGCAAUCGCCACGCAACCUUUACACGCAACGCGCUAAGCAAAAUCAAAACAGAAUGUCGUCGGCUACCAGUGUGAGGGAUUUCUACGCCGGCAGAAACAUCCUAGUAACAGGCGGCACCGGCUUCAUGGGAAAAGUUCUUGUGGAAAAACUAUUGUAUUCUGUACCAGAAAUCGGUAAUGUGUAUAUUCUAAUGAGACCUAAGAAAGCGAAAACGGUAGCCCAACGACUCGAGGACUUGCAAAGGCUACCGCUGUUUGAUCGAUUGAAAAAUGAACGACCAAACGCCUUAAAUAAAAUUAAAGCAAUACAAGGGGACGUUCUCUUUGAAGAUUUUGGACUGUCUAAUUUGGAGAUUGAAAAUUUAUCCAAAGAAGUGACGGUCGUCUUUCACUUCGCCGCCACGUUGAGACUGGAGGCCCCUUUGAAAGAUAAUGUCAACAUGAAUACUUCUGGUACAUUAAGAACGAUCAAGGUUGCGAAGAAAUUAAAAAACCUUCAAAUUUUUGUGCAUCUUUCAACCGCUUUCUGCUAUCCGGAUUACGAAGUAUUAGGAGAAAAGCUUUACGCACCACCGGCGAAACCAGAGCAUGUAAUGCGUUUGAUAGAAUGGCUCGACGAUCGGCAACUCACACUAUUGACACCAUCCCUUUUAGGACCUCAUCCGAAUUGUUAUACGUUUUCUAAAAGACUAGCAGAAAAUGUAGUGGAACAAGCCUACAAGGAUCUACCAAUCGUGAUAGCUCGCCCAAGCAUAGUCUGUCCAUCAUAUUCGGAGCCGAUGCCAGGUUGGGUUGACAACCUCAAUGGACCAGUCGGAGUUAUGAUUGGAGCUGGCAAAGGAGUAAUACGCACUAUGCUCUGUGAUGGCACCCUAAGCGCUCAAGUAAUACCAGUAGAUAUAGCUAUCAAUGCAAUAAUAGCUAUAGGAAUGAUUGAAGGAACAAAAAAAGAAAAAUCAUUAACAAUCCCAGUUUACAAUGUAAACAUAGGCCACCAAAAACCCAUGACUUGGGGGGAUGUACUCACCGUCGCGAAAGAUUACGGAAGGAAAUAUCCACUCUCUUGGCCGCUGUGGUAUCCAAAUGGAGAUAUAACCACCAACUACACACUUCAUGAAAUUCGCCGUAUAUUCUACCACCUUGUACCCGCCUAUUGUAUAGAUUUCCUUCUCUUCCUAAUGGGACAGAAACGAUUCAUGGUCAGAGUACAAGAUCGAAUCAGUCAGGGUUUACAAGUUUUGCAAUAUUUCACAAUGCGGCCCUGGUCCUUCCCGUGUCCUAACUUUGACAGUAUCCCAUCAAAACUGAACGAAGAAGAGAGAAUUAUCUUUAAAGUAGACGUAUCUGAUGCUGAUCCUGCUGAAUAUAUGAAAAGGAGCGUCGAAGGUGGCAGAGUGUUCUGCUUAAAGGAAGAUGUUACCAAAAUACACCUCAACCGGUCAUAUCACAAUUUCCUCUUUGUAGUGCACUGGGUCUGCAAGAUUCUAUUUUGGCUUCUUAUUUUGUCAUUUGUUGCGGCUUAUUUUGAACCUGUCAGAUAUGUACUAUCACAGGGCGAACCAGUGGUCAAAUAUCUUCCAUUCGUAGCUUCUGCUGUAUUCAAAAACUAAGUGACUAUUCUUCAAGUAUUGGAUCUUUUCAUUUCAAAAGUUAAAAAACAAAAGAAGAGUCAUAGUUAACUGUUCUUGUGAAUUUUUGGUAUAAUGACCAAUAAUUUAACGUAUGUGACAUUUUGUAGUUUUGAGUAUCGAAUUAACAUUUAGUUCAAAAGCUUUGAAAACAAUUCUUAAGAUGGAUCGAUGUAUCAUUAUUAAUUAUAAUUAUGCAAUCUACGAAAUCCGACCGCGUUUAUUGUGUUCAGCUUUGAAUAUACAUACGUAUUUUUUCACAUUAAUAUAUUAUUAUGUGCAUCACUAUAAAAACUUUCGACAUGAACUUUUUACCUAUGUGAUUAUGAUAGGUUGUUUACUUUCGUCGCAAAAACCUACGUCAGAUAGGAAGAAGAUUCUCGGUUUAUCGGUUUUAUUGUAAGAAAGUUAAGGAAGGCAAGACUUUUUGACUCGCGCGGUACCUUUAUGCCGAUGUCAUACUUUUAUGUGGUUUUGGUGUUGUGGUUAGUACCUAUAUAGUUUUUUAUCACUGAGGGAGGGAUAUUCCGCUAAAAAAAGAUUUCUUAAAAUCCUAAAUCAUGGAUUUUAUAAAUAUGUAAAAAAAAACUUACAAUGUAGGUAUGUACUAAGAAAAUUAGGUUAAGCUUAAUUAGGUUAGUUAUGAUUUAUUACAAAAUCUAACCCAGAAAAGUCAAUUUUCGUUCCCAGUAUGACAAAAAUCAUAUGUAUGGUCUACUUAGGUACUAUAUACUUGUGUUCUGUUCUUGAUCUUUAUCGAGUUUUUAUCGAUACUUUAUCGAUGUUACACAUUAUUGAGUAAUGUUCGUAGGUAAUGACGAUUUUUAAUGCCAUAUCAUGGGCAUUGACUUUUUUUAAAUGAAAAACCAUAUCGAGGACUGAAAAUUUUAGAUGCAAAAUAAUUUUUAAUUAUGUACUAACAUUUUAAUGAAAUAUCUUUGUCCUCUAAUAUAUUGAUUAGCUUUGUUGGAACAGACAAUUUCGUCUAAAUAUUUACUCUUUGUAAGACUCAAAUGUCAAUUUUUAUAAAGGCCUUAAAAUCUUCAAAAAAAAACAAUUUGUCCUGAUAUUAUUGAUAACCUCAACACUUUUCUAAUUUCAAUUACAGUCUAAGUCUGAAAGUAGUCAAGACUUGAAAUCUGUUAAGACAGUCUUGUUUAUCAAUGCGGUUUUUAUCAAUCCGAACAUAAAAUUAAGAGAAAAAAAAUCAGUGAACGGGUGACAUAGAUGAAAGGAGCACCAUGUCACAGGAAAAAAUCUUUAUGGCAAUAGCUCAACUUUCUUGUGCCACUGGUGAUAUCCCGGUGACCUUGAAAUGCGAUAGUUUGUUCAAUUAAUUGUUAAAAAAUUUACUAGUGAAUACUUAUGACAUUCUUAAAUUAGUUUCUUAAAUAGGUCUUUAUUGUUAUUUUAUAAAACAAAUAUUAAAAUUACAGAAUUUUUUAUCAAUGCUGUCUGAUUAAUUCGUUCAUGCGCCUUCUUUCCGCUUCUUUUUUAAGUAUUAAAGUAAAUUCAUGUCACCAUUAAUAAUUGAUAUAAGAAUUUUUGCGAGCAGAGGUAUAUACGUACAUUUCCACUGAAAAUAAACCAUUUUCAUUUAAUAUUAGAAGCAUCAGCAUAAAAUAUAGUGAAUUAAAAUUUAUCAGUUUUACGUAAUUUCUGCUAUUCACCUAGAUUUAGAAAUGUUUAAGUUUAGUGUUAGGUACUUAUCUACCUCUAUAUUUUAAGUUCAGCUUAUGACCCCAGAUACCUUAGCAUUUUUUCACAUAACAAAGCGAAGAUUUCAUCAAUAUAUAAAUUAGUACAACCUACUGGCUAACUUAACGCGGCCUAGAUACCUACUUGUUGCAUGUAAAAUAAGCAACUAGCAAAAAAAAUUUUAUUUUUUUCCUCCCGUAUCAUUUCAUCGUGUUAAACAAUAUUACGACAGUAAUAAGAAGCGAAACUCAUAUUCCUAAUACAUCUAUCUUCGACUUUCAAACUACAAGACCGGGUCGGUUUGAAUCACUACGUUACAUUCGCCACUUUCGUUCGCAUUUAUAAAUCCUACUGGUGCUAGAAAGAAAAGUGCUUUACUGAAUAUAAUCUAGAAAAAAAAAACUCAGAGAAGUCGUUAAUAUUUAAAAUCCGGUGUUUAUGUCCAAUGCUUAGGUAGGUACCUACUAUCACUGUUUUUUUUCUUUCCUUUUUUCCUACCUAUUCUAGUAACCUCCAGGGGUUAUACUAGAUUCACAGAGCUAGGCUGUGUUUUAUUGAUCUGUAAUUCGAUCGUAAAAUUUACAAGAAUUUUAAUUCGAACUGUGGUUUUCGUGCGAUUUUUCCGGCUUAUUUUUAAUUCACUUUCAAAUCAAUUCAAUAAAAAUGUAGACUUUAGAAGUUUUAUCGGUAACGUAUUUAAAGAAAGUGAUUGACUGAAUAUUAUCUGAUAUUAAUUAAUACCCAACUGACUACCGCGGUCGCCUAAGUAAGCCAUCACAGGUUCAAAGCAUCCAGGUGUUUUGAAGUGAAAACUUCUUUAGAAUCGUUGUGAUUUCAAACCGGAUGCAACGGGAAAAACGACAGGUAAGAGACACAAAUACAAAAAUGUGUAGGUUGAAGCCAGCAAAGAAUGAGACAGAAAUAUACAUACUAUUUAAUACAGCGCCAUCUGUGAGAUUUUUUAAUACUAACGUAUGUAUGAAAGCUCUUGUAGUGAAUUUUAAUUUAGGAUUGUACGUGAAAUUAAAAUAUCAAUUCACAGAGGGCGCUACCUUACAAUUAUUUACUAAAGACAAAAUUUUACAUAUACUUAAGACGUUUAGGAUAAUUGUAUUUUAAUUUUGGAAGGUUUCACUUCUACCACGUGUGAAUUGCACACAUGUAUUUUUUGGAUAACAAUUUAAUUUAAGGCAUGGUUGUUGUGUAAUUUUCACAAACGUUGCCGAGCAAAGAGUAGAAAAUCUGGGAACAGCAGUUCGCUUACUGCGACGAGCGGUCAACCUAAGCACGGUCCACUAAUCACCUAACAAAUCUCCCUUCAUACUGAUUUCUCGAGUUCGCCCACACAUCUCGUUCAUGCGACAAGUCCUGCUAGCCAACCGCAUUCUUCAUUCCAAAGAAGAAAAACAAACAGUAAUAAUAAUUUUGCAAAUUAUUCGUCUAAUUUGUAGGUAUGUUGUAAUUAAUAUAGAUUGGCUUGGGAAAUAAGAAAUUAGAUCGGUGGUGUAUAAAUGUAGUUUUGUAACAUUUUUCAUGUUUUUUAUUAAAUAAAAUGUGUUUGUAACAUCAA